GAGAAGAGAGAAAAAAGAGUAGGGCUAAUAACAGAGAGAGAGAGAGAGAGAGAGAGAGAGACUCUCGCGCGGAGGGAUAGAGGACAAAAACGUGACUAGGCAGCCUAAGAGCUGUUAUGCAACCGCUGACCUACUAACACAUAUUUCUAGAAAGGGAGCCGGAGAAACUGGAGCAAAGUGUCCCGGCAUCGCACAACACACAGGCAGCCCGAGCCAAAAGACAGAAACGGCAUCCACCCGACCCACAACCGAGCAGAGCAUCGACAGGAACGGGAGAAGAAAACUUUUCGGUUUUUCUUAGGGAGGUUUCCUCUAAAAGGACAAGGAAAGGAGGAAACGGGAGCGAGACAGCUUUUGUGUCGGGGAAGCCUGAAUCUUUUUUUUCUCCUCCUCCAGGACAUGGAAAGUUAGUGGUCAGCAAACAGCAGCACUGAAGCUGGAUCCUCAGGGAGCCCCAAAGUAGACGGACUGACCUACAUCCUCUGUGAAACACUGAGAGAAGCAGGGCAACGGCCUGACAGGCAUCACAGCUCUGCUGAAGAUUGAGGAAGACGCAGAUAAACUCAAAAUCACCUCCAGCGAGACUCCAGAGACUGCUUUGAACAAUUUGCCAAGACUGCUGGAAGACUCUUUGCUCAAAAUACAAACUUGGUUCCUUUUAUAGUUUCCUUGUUCAGAACACUAGUUCAAUGUCUGAGGUGUUUGUGGAGUUUCACCUCUUUUUAAUCUUCUUGGCUAAUUUAGACACCUGAACGUUUUAAUCUUGAAAGAUAAGUAACAGAAAUCAAUGAGGCUAUCCCUUCGAGGAGCACAAAUACCUCAUCAAGACGUUUUUGCGGAUCCUGCGACAUAGGUCAAACUCCUUAGUAACAAAGCAGAAGGCCGAUAUACUUUUACAUCUUUUCCCUCCCCCCCUUUACCCUUCGCCCAUCGCUAGAGUUACACUCUGGCCCCCAGCUGGGAAAAAAUGGAAAGUCUGAGUCUACACAUUCCAUCCACCAGCAACAAAAAUUCCAUGGAGGUGGACACCUUUUCUAACUACAGCGGGAGCAUCCCAUCCCCUCUUCCUGAAGGUGGAGCGCGGAUCAGCCGCCAGGCUAAAGGUAGCAAGCCUAAUCUGAGCUGCCGUCGCAAGCGAGAGUUUAUUUCUGAUGAGAAGAAAGAUGCUUGCUAUUGGGAAAAACGGAGGAAGAACAAUGAAGCCGCCAAGCGCUCAAGGGAAAAGCGUCGCCUCAAUGACAUGGUGCUAGAGAACCGGGUCAUGGCGCUGAAUGAGGAGAACGUUCGUCUAAAGACUGAGCUCCUCCAGCUCAAGUUGCGCUUUGGACUGAUCAGCACAGCCUCCUACAUGGAGAAAAGUCAGCAGAUCUCCAACAGUGCUGCUGGUGUCAACGCUAGUAGCAAUGGGAGCAGUGCCAAUGGCACCCCGAAUAGCAACGCCUACCUCUCAAGCAGCGGAUACUCCAGUGCAUCCCAGGUGAUGCUGAAUUCUGAUUCAUCUGAAGCUGAACAGUCGAGCCGUGGCGACCGCCACAACACGCUCCACAGUUAUUCUCCCCGGGGAUCCGUCUCUGACAUGUCGGACGGCUCCUCCAGAGACAGCCCAGAACCCAUGAGCUACAACAUAAAGAGAGAGCCCUCAAGUAUGGAGAUGGCCAGACUGGAAAGCAAUGGGAUGCCCAAUGAUAUGUCAAGUGGGGCUUACCAUGGCAGCCACACUGCUCUGGUUUCUCCUCACCAGCAGAACACCCCAUUGGCUGAAAGUGCCAUGGACUACCAGCACCACCAACAGCAGCAGUGCCACAUGGAGGCCCCCAGCCCUCCUCCUCAGGCCACCUCUGCACAGAGGAGCGUUAUCUUGUAUCGCUCUAGCAGCGGCUGUUACCCCAUGGAGAACCAGAGGCCGGAGGACCAGCAGUCCCAGCAGAGCAGACCACUGCAGCAAGGCCAGAAUACCUCAACCUCCAAGUUCUCUGACUGCUCAGUGACCAUCACAGAGGUCGCUGAGAAACUAGAGAGGACAAAGACCAUAGACUCUCCUCAGUAUGAAUACACUAAUGGCCAUGCUGAGUCAGUAGAGGAGCUGCAGCAAAGGUACAACGCCCAACAACAGUGUGAGAACCAUCAUGGGCACUGCAGCUACCAGGAUCAGGAGAGCAGUCUUCGGCAUGCAGAAAGCCACCAGAACCCCUUUGCCCCUGAUCUGAUCCAUAACACUGAGGAGGGCAAGUCCUCCUUCCCACAGCACAACAGCUACCUCAACACACUGGACGAAGAGCCCCCGGUGCUCACCUACGAGGGAGGCCCCCGAGCUGACGGUUUCUACCAGGAGAACUCUUCCACUAAAGACACCUCAUCCAGUGAUGGGGACCCUCGUAGCUCUGACAAGGAGGGCUCAACCGAUGACGAGUCCCCCUCCUCAUCUUCCUCAGACAUUAGCAGCUACCACCAGAAGGCAGUGGGGGCUGCCAGUUUCCAUGGCGAGUUCCAAGCUGAGGUGAAAGCCACUGCCCUGCCCCACAAACUCCGCCUCAAGUACAGAGCUCUGUCCAAUGGGGCAGCAGGAUUGCAGGCAGAGGGACCUUUUAACACCUCCAUGUCCCCCUCUCCCAAUUUGCCUCAGCACCCUUACUUAGCUCUGCCCAGCAACCCUCACAGUGCCCAUGGCAACGGGGAGAGCAAAGAGGUGGAGAAUGAGACUGAUUAUUCAGAAGAGGUCAAACCUCAGGUGAAUGAGAGGGCGGAGGCUAAAAAGGAGGGAGGGAAGAGGGGAUACAGCAGCAGCAGCAGCAGCAGCAGCAAGGGUGGGCGCAAUAAGAGGCGAGAUUAAGGACAUAUGGGGCAGCUUGAGGAUUUUCCUGUCACCUCUUUGUUGUGUACAACAGACAACUACAAGUAUGAUUCACAUAGCCACCUUACAAGACAGAGAAGAAGCCAGUGAUCUGUGUGAGGUAUGGUUAGGAUGUGAUUGAACCAUAAAGUUUCACUGUGUCACCUGUUCCCCAUCCCUUUACUCUCUUUACUCCUACCUCCCACCCACCCUCCAAUUAAAAUAAUAGAUCACUUAAUUGAGGGAGGGGACAGAAUGAAACUCUCCAGAGCUGGAGUCUGGGAUAUUUCCCUUGUGGAAAAUUCAAACAUUAUUCAAUUAUUCAUUAUAGUAAACUGCCUUGGUGGCUGGCCAGCGUUUAUUGUGGCAUUAUGGGAACAUUCCUUUGACCAAAGAAUACACAUCCUUCCCUUAGCGUCUCCCUUUUUGGCAAAGAGUUACAUUCUUCCUCCCUCUGAGCACAUCUUUACCAUUUCAUCCUCCAACCUCUUACCAUGUGCACACAAGUCCCCUUCUGAAGCACUUAGAUUGUAUAUUACUGUGACAUAUGAAUUUGCAUAAAAGGAAAAUAUAUUUUAAGAAGAAAAAUGUGGCAAAAAAACAAAACAAAAAAUAAAGCAGUGGGAUACGGAAGUCGUAGACUUCAAAGUGAUGAGUUUGUUCUUGUUGAGACACCUUGUACAGUCCCCUUUUGUCUAGGAAAUGCCUCGAAGAUUUUCUUUUAACUAAAAGUAUGAGCCACGACUUGUAAAAAAUAAAAGUACAAAGUACACGUUUUUCAGAUUUAUGGAUCAGAUCUGGGCCUCCCUCAGGUGAUCUGAGCUCUUUGACACUCAAAGCUGUCAAAACAGUCAAGGCCAGUUAUACGCAUAUCAGUCAAGGCUAUGCAGUCACACAUUGCUGUUAGCAAAACCUGACAAGCACAAGGCAAGCCUCGUUUGCCAGCCGUUCAACAAAAAAUCAAUACAUCUUCAUUUCCAGACAAAAAUUGUCUGUCUAAUAAAUGAAAUAGCUCUCCAAACCAGCAAAGCUGCUCUCUCUUCAUAAGGUGCCUCUUUAUUGUGUUGUCCCUCGUCCCCACUUUGGCCAAUGUCUUAACGACCCCACUCACAUCCGCACUGAGUUGUUUUAGCUACAUCAUACAGUCUGUACAAGUUUAACUGUUUCACUUCCUGGUGCCUGCCUCUGGCCACUAUGUAUAAAUGUAUAGUUGUCUCUCUAUCUCUUGUAUACUGCUGUCAUUAUUUUAUUAUUAUUUUAUUAAUAUUGUUAUUUUCUAUUAUAUUCGGUUAUUAUUUUGACUAUUAUUAUGUGUAUUUUUCUGUCAUCCUGUUGUGUCAUUUUGCUCUAUGCUCUUCCUGGUUGUGCUGUGUAUUUACCCAUACUUCCCUUUGCCCCCAGUUACCAUUUGUACUCUGUGUUACUGUAUAACCUUUGUUGUUUGCCACAAGGCUUUCCGAAAAUGAAAAAAAAAUUGAAUAAGGCUUGUCCAGAAGUGAUUAUGUAUUGCUAUACUUCAUGUGGAUAUGCAAAAUGGUUACAAAAAUGCUCAUUUUUGAUUGUGAAAGAUUCAAAAUGGGGAAAAAAUAAAAGGUUGUUGAAUUUA